AUUGAUAUAAAAUUGCAUAUAAAAUUAAAAAAUAAAGAAAAUAAAAUAAAAUAUUAAUAUAAAAAAAUAAUAUGAGUGAAGAGUUAUUAAAUUUAAACCUAGGAUAAUCCCAAAAUACAGUUAAAGUUCAUCCACUUGUUCCCUUACAAAUAUUAGAAUUUAUCUUACCGUAACUAAGGAUAAAAAGUAAUGGGCUCCUUACUUGGAAUAGUACAUUCUUCUUAUAUAGAAAUAACAAACUGCUAUUCAGUACCUGAAAAAUAAUAAAAAGAAGACCAAAAGCAAUAUUUAGAUACAAAUUAUCAUAAUAUAAUGUUUAAUCAUAAUUCUUCAGUUUAUCCUUAAGAAAGUUUAUUAGGAGGAUUUGUUACUGAGAGUGAAAGACUAGAAAGUGAUUUAAUUAAUUUAUCGAAUUUUUAUAGUUAAAAAGAAGUAGGAUUCGUUACUUAGCCAGGAUUAGUUUCUCCUUUAAUAUUAUCAAUAGAUCCUAAAUUAAAAAACAAUAAUUUUAAUUUAAAAGUUUUAUCUUAUGAUAAAUAAUUAGAUUUAUGUUAAUUUUGUGGAAUUUUACCUUUUAAAAAUAUUUCAGUUAAUGUUGAAUUUAGUGAAGAAAAACUUAAUGAAGAAAACGUUUAAUAACUUUUAAAAGAGUUAGACUAGAACUUGAUUGUCAUACAAAAGAAAGUACAAGAUAUUGUAAAUAGAAAUGCCGAAUCAGAUGAAAAUCUAGGAAAAUAAAUCAAAAGAUUGCUGAAUUUUAUUCCAAAUUUAGGUUAAUAAGAAUAUUAAAAAAGCUUAGAAAAAACAAACUAAGAUGUCUUAUUAGUUUAAGUAUUAUCUAACUUAGCCAAAACACAAACUUUAAUAACAGAAAAAUUAAAUCAGGUUUCAAUUAAUGUUUGA